CAUUCGUAAGCAUGUCAUACUCAGGGCCGCAAGCAGCGGUGCCCGCUAUUCGCGACAAUCGCGUGGAACGUGAAAUGCAACAGAAGACAGAAAAAAAGCAAUUAACUUGCCCUACAUAUGCCUGCUAGCAGCAGCAGCUACUACUGCUGAUGCAAUGCAUGAACUUUGCCGGUGUUCAGAUCAUCUCAUGCACCAAGUGAAGGGGUCGAAGGAGCAGAUUGCAUCCGAUAUCGCUAGAAGCAGUUUUCUUUCAUGUAUUUUUUUUCUCAUUGGGUUAAGGCGAAUUCUCAUGGUGAUUUGGAAUUGCAUCAGAGAGGCGAACAUGUACGGUGUGCAGGUGUGGGUGGAAGGGAAAGUUGGGUGGGUAUGGAAUCUGACCGUUAUUCAACCCGGGGUCCUGGAUAGGAUCAGGCCGGGGGAUAGGGAUGGUGGUGGUCAGCGGCAGACAGACACGUGAAUGCAGCCGACAAGUCUAAAUCUGAUUUCUCAUUUCGAAAUUUGCCAUCAGACAAGGAGAGGAGCAUCUCGGGCCUGCCGUGACUGGCGACGACCUCCAUUCCGGGUAAUCGCUCGUCUUGCGAUGACGAUGCCGAGUGGCCAUU